AUGUGUGGUCUCGCGGCGUCUGGAGCUAGGUUGGCGAAGCGUUACAACCCGAGAUUCCGCGCGAAGGAUGGCUUUUUCAACCCCAAGCACAUGCCGACUACGCUGUCGAGGCUCCCAGUUGAACCGGCGACCAAACGGCAGCGGCCGCACUCAGCAUGCACGAACUACGCACAUCAUGUAGCUACACUUCGUGAAAAGCCGGAAGAUUUGGCGCAAACCAUUGCGAAGCUCUUCGCAGAACGUGCGGGACAAAAAGUUUGCGUUUACGCCUCCAACAGGAACGCACGAGUGGUCCUGCAGGCGUCAAGCUCAAUUCAGAGAUUCCCCGAGAAACGGCCGGAGCAGGUUCUCAUGCGGCGGAGGUUUAGGAAGGGGAACUUCGUGAUUAUGCUCUCCGACGAUGACGUGGGCACCCUUCCAUCGCCGGACACCGUAGUUCACUACGACCUCCCGAAGUCGCCAGAAGUGCUUCGAAAGCGGUGUCAGCCACAGCACGCCAAUAUCUUUUUCUAUCUCAGCCACGAAAAGGUGCUAGUGGCCCAUCUGCAAAACUCUCUCAACUGCAUCAUGACGAAGUGGGGUUUGCCUUCGAAAUCAGACCAGGCAGAGGCGUUUCUCGACCAUCUAUCCACAGUGGUUGACAGCAUGCAACUGCUUCCCGUCAACGUUGAACACGGUGACGCCGGUCAACGAGAUAGCGAGUUGGUGUUAUUCAUAUUUCUAAAACACAACGUAUGCAGCGCUCUGGCGGCACUUCUGUACUUCGCAUAUCGCAAACACGCUCACAGCAAGAAGCAGUACCUGCUGCACGACCCCGGGUUCGAAAGGUUCAAGACGCGCAGGGACGUGGAGCAGUACCUCAGCGAGAACGGGAUAUCCAACUAUACGGGUAUAACGCUCACACGAAGGGGGUUCGUCGUAGAGAGUUACGACAUGCUUAGGCAUCCCAUAGUACACGGGUCCACGCCCGAACUCCCGGGUAUACGGCGUAUCAGGGAACGUGUAAACUCGGGGUACAUCUCAUCGCACAAAGGAAAAACGUUAGUUGGAUCACUCACAUGUACAAUGCACCGCAGGAAGGCGUUCAACAUUCUUGCCAAGGCACACGAACGCAAAAUGAUUCGAAUGUUCAAAUUCAAGCGCUCCGGCUAG